CACGCCCAAAUGGACACCAACCAGGACGCUCGACGCCCACCUCCAUCUUCCUCGCCUAUUUCUCAUUACAACAAGUCCAACCAAUCGACAUCAGCCGCAGUGAAACGCACAACUUUGGUUCGGCACGUACUCUCUUCCCACCUUCCCACAUCUCCCAAAACCCCGUCGGUGCAAAUGCAAAUGGCCCAGGUAGCCCUGGGAGGUAAGGACACGCUCCCUCCGGUCGUCCACAAGAUGGUGUGUCUUCCUUCCAUGUUGAUCGAUAACGGUAGACUCGGACGAGCCAUGAUAUUGUUAACGGGAGGACAAUCCGCAGGGUUCGACGCAUCAUCGUUUGGACCAGAUACAGCAUUGCGUUUUUAUCAUCAGCUUCCCCCACCUCCCCCUCCGCCUGGUGCCAAGACAGAUGGUGAUGCCGACAGUGCUCACACACCAGUAGAACUUGUUACGGUGCCUGCACUUGGUCUGGAAUGGCAGUUUAUCCGAGAUGAAAAUUCAGUAUGACGACGAUCCGUGCGCCGCCUCUUGCCUAUCGACUUACUCUGGUUCUGGGAUGUUGUGACCAUCAGUCGCUAUUUCACGGCCUGCACGUUCGCCUUGCUACACUACAAUAUUGGAUUAUACUUAAUGCUGGCAUCGGUCGAUGAUUCGGUUUUGUCUCCUGGGAUGAUUUCAAGUUGAUCUGUUUCACGUCAAGAUAAAUAUCAAGCUUCCAUUUACUUAACAAUACCUACUUUCGACGUUGACAGAAUCGUUUUCUGAAUCGCGCAUAAGGAGGUGUGUCUUCACUGCAGAGAAUGAG